ACUUUCUUUGAUAUAUAAAACAGUAUUCUAACUCAAACUUCGUUUCUCUGUUUAAAACCGUAUGAAUAACGAAGAUAACUCAGCGUUUCACUUGAAGCAUGUUCUCUCAGCACUUAAAACAGUUGUACCCUUUAAUGCUCCAGAAUCGGUAGAGGAGACGCGCAAUAUUGCCAGACAUCUAGCAGAAGUUGUUGUUGACGCUGUUGCCUAUACAUCUCGACCAUGGAAAGCCACAAGGAUAGAGGCUAGUAUACUCAGGGCUGUGGAUGAAUUAUUAUCAGUUUACAAUGAGACAUUUACAAACAUGUCUGAUAGAGUAUGUGUUAAUAGUGAAAAGGAUAUUGUUAAAUCACUUCGAACAGUUGGCCAGACAAUGAUACAAGAUAAAAAGCUACACUUCAGUCUUAUAGCAACUUACUACGCAUUUGCUGGAGUUUUUGCUAAGAGAUGUAAAGAAAAUGGAAAGGAGUCAUAUGUUCCACUAAUUAAAAAGACAUUAUGUGCUUUCGCCGAGGAAGAAUUCUGCGAUUGGCUUGACGAAAAUGGUGGAUGGAAACAAUUCGUAGAAUUUUUUGAGGAUCCAGAAGUUGAGAGAAAAGCCCUUUUAAAAGGUGGCAUGCUUUUAUCUGCAGCUAGUUUAGUAACUAUGGCUGUAUAUCGUGUAUUGAAAUCUUGA